GUGCGGCCAGGGAAUGAUGGGCCUAGUUGGGAUCAGUCUCGGGUUCCUUGUUGGGAUCCUCCCUGCUGUGCUGGCCAUGAAGCUGGAGGAUACCUUUCGGAGCACCAUGCCCACCAACAACCUGCUAGUGGUGGGGAGCUCACAGCAAGGCCAGGGCCUGGACCCCCAGCCCCAGGUGUACGUGGGGGCUGUCAAUGCAGUGUACCAGCUGGGUCCGGGCCUGAGGCUGGAGGCCCGGGUGAAGACGGGGCCUGUGAAGGACAGUGCUUUGUGCCAUGCCUCACAGCUGCCCCAGAAUAACUGCGAGCACCCCCGCAGAUGGACAGACAACUACAACAAGCUGCUGGAGGCUGACCGUGCCCAGGGUCUGCUGGUGGUCUGUGGAUCCGUUCACCAGGGCUUCUGCCAGCUCCGGGCCCUGGCUAACAUCAGUCGCUUAGCAGUGCAGUUCCCACCGGCAGCUGGCACGGACCUGGUCUUCCCCAGCAUGCUGUACGUGGCUGCCAACCACCCUGAGGCCUCCACCGUGGGAUUGGUGCUCCGAGGCCCAGGGACGGGGUCAGACCCUGGGAGUCGAUUACUGGUGGCCACCACCUACACGGGCCUGGGCACCCGCUACUUCCCGACCAACAACAGCCGCGAGGACCUGCGGUUUGAGAACACACCUGAGAUCGCCAUCCGUGCCCUGGACACGGGCCGUCUCUCGCGCCUCUUCACCUACGACAUCAACCCGUCCGAGGACAAUGUCUUUAAGAUCAAGUUCGAGGCCAAGGCCAGGAACCGGCUGAGUUUCGUCAGGGCCUUCGGCCACGGGGCCUACACCUAUCUCGCCCUCAACAACGACGCCAACUCGGGCAGCAAGGGCGGGCGCCCCCGUAGCCUGCUGGCCCGCAUCUGCACCGGGGCCCGGGGCCCAAGAGGGACCGAGAGCCGCAAACUGACCGAGUCGUACAUCCAGCUGGGCCUGCAGUGCAGCUCGGGCCUCAGGCUUUACAGCCGCCUGGUAUCGGUGUGGGCCGGGCCUGCCCAGAGCCUGUAUGGCCUGUUCGAGAGGCCCGAAGCCGGGAGGGGGGACACGGCCCUCUGCCUGUUUGGCUUCCCGGACAUCGAGCAGCGAAUCCGCGGGGCCAGGAGAAAGUGCUUCGAGGAGGAUCACAGCCAGGAGGUGACGGUGCUGGACAGUGUGAUCCAGGGGAGCGGACCAGCCUGCGUUCGCCGCAACAUCACGCUGCAGAAUGAACAGUUGGACUGUGGAGCUGCUCACCUCCAGCAUCCGUUGUCCAUAACGAAGCCUCUGACAGCCUGGCCCAUCUACGCAGACAGGGGCCUUACCUCGGUGGCAGUGUCCAGUGUGAAUAACCACACUGUGGUGUUCCUGGGCACGGUCAGUGGGCAGCUUCUGAAGCUCAGUCUGUGCAGUGACCAGUCAAUCGGGAAGAGGGAAGUGCUGCAUGUGGCACCAGGCGAGGCUGUGCAUCACAUCAUGCACUUUGACCCUGCAGAUCAGAGCUACCUCUACGUCAUGACUACAUACCAGGUUAGUCGGGUGAAGGUUGCCACAUGUGGCCAGUACCAGACCUGCCAGGAGUGCCUCGCAGCAGACGAUGCCCACUGUGGAUGGUGUACCCUGGAGAGCAGGUGUUCCCUGCAGCAGGACUGUGUCAAUUCCACCGAGCCGUUGUUCUGGACCAGCCUGAGCUCCGGAGUACAGCAGUGCCCCAGCAUGAAUAUCGUACCAUCGGAGAUCGACGCAGCGAGUGUGGCCCAGCAGAACAUUGGAAUCACCAUCCAUGGGAAUGUGCCCCAGCUGAUUGGAAGAGACGUCUAUUGUGUUUAUGGGGAUGAGGAGAAGACCCCAGUCACUGUCUAUGAAAAUAACUCCAGUCAAUCCCAGUUAGUUCAUUGCCCUUUCCUAAAGAAGGAUAAAUACUCCACAUUCCUGGUGGACAAAGAUCAUGCUCUGUUGACGGUCGCGAUUGAGGUGUUGAAUCGACCGAUCAUGUGGGGAAAUGUAACCAUCUACAAUUGUGAGAAAACAGGACAGGUUUACCCCAAAACAGCGUGCAGAAGCUGUCUCCAGACCAAAUGGGCCUGUUCCUGGUGUGUGACUGAGCACCGGUGUGUGUCAGACAGAGCGCACUGUAAUGGGGUUUCACUGAAUACACUACCCCAGAGCUUCAGCCAGUGCCCACAGGCCCUACCAACAUACAUUGCCCCCGUGCCAACAGGGGCUACACGGGACAUUAUGGUCUCCCUGGUCAACAGUCAGUUGCUCGAGCUGUCCACGUCGAACAGGAGCCACUUGUUUCCGGUGCAGCUGAGGCUGAGUGGGGACCAUAGGUUUAUCGACAAUCCAAGCACCAUCUCAGUGGAGGUUUAUAACUGUGAGGUUGGGAGAUCUGACUGUUCUGCUUGUUGGGGCCGAGUUGACCGUGGUCACCAGUGUGUCUGGUGUGCGAGCACAAGAAGCUGUAAACUACAGACUGAGUGUAAACCGAUCGAGAUGACCUGCCCUGCUCCUAAGCUUCAGCAGAUAGAGCCACUGACUGGUCCUGUGGUUGGAGGGACCCUCCUCACAAUACGAGGCCAGAACCUGGGCCGUAGGUUCAGCGACAUUGCCAAGGGCGUGCGCAUUGGUGAAGUGGCAUGUAUCCCUGUUCAGGACAGCUACAUCAUCUCUGAGCAGAUUGUGUGCAGCACGAAUGGAGCUAAUCAAGAGUUUACAGAUUCCGUGACAGUGAAGGUCCAGAAGGAAGGUCACUCCAGCCAGAAAUUCUCUUUCCUGCUUCCAGAGAUUGACACACUUUAUCCAGAUCAAGGACCCAAAGCUGGGGGCACCACGAUUACCAUCAACGGCAUUAACUUACACAUCGGUUCUGUCCUGAAGGUCCUUGUCAAUGGCUCAAAGGAUUGUACAAGUUUAAAACGGACAGGGAGGUCGAUUGUCUGUGUGAUGCCACCAUUGCCCGCUGCUGAGUCUGCUGUUCCGAUAUGCGUGCAGUUUGAGAAGAAGCAUUGCAUCAGGAAGAACCUGACCUUCUGGUACAGGGAAAACCCAUUGAUUGAAAGCAUUAGCCCCAACACCAGCUAUGUCAGUGGCGGAAGGCGAAUUACAGUCACUGGACAGAGGUUCUACUUAGCUCAAACCAUCCACAUGGUGAUUGAAGACAGUGGGAAAGCACAGUCAGUCUGUGCCAUUGAGAGUGACUCCAUGCUAACCUGUCCGUCACCUCCAUACUCAGUUUCCACGGUGAAUGUUCACUUUGACAUUAAUGGGAUUCGCUAUAAAAAAGCAAGUCUGACGCGUGCCAGUGCAGCCUUUAGACUGCACUAUUACAAUGACCCCCAUUUCUACCGCAAAGAGAAACUGAUUAAACACCAUAAGGGAGAGCCACUCACCCUGGUGAUUGAGAAAAUACAGGACAACUUGAACCUGGCACCAGAAGAGUAUAAAGUGAUGAUUGGCUCCUUCCCCUGUGAUCUCUAUGUUGUGAAGGGAAAGAUUCACUGUUCGGUGAAUGUCUCUCUGGAGUCCGACGAGAGACAGUUACCAGUGUCGGUACAUGUGGGGAAAUACAAUGAGACCAUUGCGAUGGUACAGUUGAGUGAGAGCGACUUUUCCAUCAUCAUGUCCAUUGUGGUGUGUGUUGUGUUGCUGCUGGCCUGUGCCAUUGCUCUGGUCGUUUUUUGCACAAAGAGCAGACGUGCGGAGCGAUAUCGGCAGAAGACUCUGCUCCAGAUGGAGGAGAUGGAGGCUCAGAUCAGGGAGGAGAUCCGGAAAGGUUUUGCCGAGUUACAGACCGACAUGACGGAUCUGACGAAGGAAUUAAACCGUAGCCAGGGAAUCCCGUUUCUGGAGUACAAAUACUUUGUCAUCCGUACAUUCUUCCCAAAGUGCUCCAUAGACAGUGAAAGCCAGAGCUCAGAGCGUUUCCACCAGCUGACCUCUCAGUCCCGCAUAGCAGCCAUUUCUCCGAGCCCUCCAGAGACCCACCCACUGCUACAGCCUGAUUGGAAGGUUCCUGAAAACUGUCGUCAGAACAUGGAGGAAGGGAUCAGCCUGUUCUCGCUGCUCCUCAACAACAAACAUUUCCUCAUCACCUUUGUCCACGCUCUCGAACAGCAGAAGGAUUUUGCAGUACGGGACAGGUGUAAUCUGGCUUCUUUACUGACCAUCGCACUGCACGGGAAGCUGGAAUACUACACCAGCAUCAUGAAGGAGCUGCUGGUUGACCUCAUCGAUGCGUCAGCCUCCAAGAACCCCAAGCUGAUGCUACGGCGAACGGAGUCGGUGGUGGAGAAGAUGCUCACCAACUGGAUGUCCAUCUGUAUGUACAGCUUCCUCAAGGACACUGUGGGAGAGCCUUUCUUCUUAUUACUGUGUGCCAUGAAGCAGCAAAUAAACAAAGGCUCAGUGGAUGCCAUUACAGGAAAAGCUCGAUACACCCUGAAUGAAGAGUGGCUCCUCAGGGAGAAUAUUGAAGCGAGACCAAUGAAUCUCAAUGUGUCAUUCCAAGGCUGUGGAAUGGACUCCAUCACAGUCCGUGUCAUGGACAGUGACUCCAUCAGCCAAGUCAAGGAGAAGAUUCUAGAAGGAUUUUACAAAAAUGUGCCUUUCUCUCAGUGGCCCAGAGUAGAAGAUGUGGAUCUGGAGUGGUUUGCAUCAAGUAGUGACAGCAGGAUCCUGCGGGACCUGGACAACACGUCUGUGAUGGAGGACAGCCGAAAGAAGCUCAACACCCUGGCUCAUUGCAAGGUCCCUGAUGGAGCAUCAUUGGCCAUGAGCUUGAAGGACAAGUGGGAUGGUACACUCGGACGAGUGAAGGACUUGGACACUGAAAAAUACUUCCAUUUGGUCCUACCAAAUGAUGAACUUGUUGAAACAAAGAAAUCUCACAAGCACAGUCACCGCAAGAAAGUUUUACCAGAGAUCUACCUGACCAGGCUGCUCUCCACCAAGGGCACGCUGCAGAAGUUCCUGGAUGAUUUGUUCCGAGCUGUGCUCAGUAUCCAUGCAGUGAAACCUCCAUUCGCAGUGAAAUAUUUCUUUGAUUUUCUGGAGGAGCAGGCUGAGAAACGAGGCAUCACUGACCCGGACACCCUGCACAUCUGGAAAACCAACAGCUUGCCGCUGCGUUUUUGGGUGAAUAUCCUGAAGAACCCGCAGUUUGUUUUCGACGUGGAGAAGACUGACCAUAUGGACGCCUGCCUGUCUGUCAUAGCCCAGGCAUUCAUUGACGCCUGCUCCAUUUCUGACCUGCAGCUGGGCAAGGAUUCACCAACAAAUAAACUCUUAUAUGCAAAAGAAAUCCCAGAGUACAAGAAAGCUGUGCAGAGAUAUUACAGAGAGAUCCAGGAAAUGAUCACACUGAGUGAACAGGAAAUGAAUGCUCACCUGGCAGAGGAGUCCCGGAAAUACCAAAAUGAGUUCAACAAUAAUUUUGCCAUGGCUGAAAUCUACAAAUAUGCUAAGAGAUAUCGCUGCCAGGUGGGUCUAAUGUAUCUGUCAGUUCCUGCUGUUUCUGUUUUGCAGAAGUUGGUGGCUGUAAACGUGACAGGUCACGUAACUAAUCAGAGCCCAGUACAUAGCCUUCUGUCCCUACCUACAAGCCCUGCCGUCACUCCUUCCCUAACAUGUAGACAAGGCAUGUAG